AUUCUGGAGAAACUUCGGGUAAGGACACACAGAACGGGGUUAUCUCCUGUCCACACACACACACCCCCACACACACACACGCUGGUAUAAGUUGAGCUGCUUCCCCUCACACAGUCGCACUCUCUCUGGAGCCUCUGGUUCAUUAGAGCCUCUUCACUGCACCAGGAUGAAGUUGCUCUCAUCCCUCCUCGUUUCAGUCCUGCUGUUGGCUCUGGCCUCUGCCGUCCCAGUACAAGAUGCAGCAGGACCAGAUGCCACUGCACGCCCUAAAAGUCACUGUGAACAUCACAGAGACAAAAUCCAGACACAGGGGCGUCCCCUGAUAGGGGCCUAUGUUCCACAGUGUGAUGCCAAUGGAGAGUACUCGGCUGAACAGUGCCAUGGUUCGACUGGAUAUUGCUGGUGUGUGGAUGCCAAUGGACGAGAGCAUCAAGGGACCAAAACUCCCCCAGGCGCAGAUCGUGCAGAGUGCACAACAAAAGAUGACCCUGCACGCCGCAAAACCCACUGUGAACACCAUAAAGACAGAGUCCCGACCAGUGCAGAGGGGCAUCCCCUGAUAGGGGCCUAUGUUCCACAGUGUGAUGCCAAUGGAGAGUACUCGCCCAAACAGUGCCAUGGUUCGACUGGAUAUUGCUGGUGUGUGGACGCCAAUGGACGAGAGCAUGAAGGGACCAAAACUCCCCCAGGUUUAGGUAGUGUGGAGUGCACAACAAAAGAUGACCCUCCACGCCGAAAAACCAACUGUGAACACAGUAGAGACAAAGCCCCGUCCAACGCAGGGGGGCCUCCCAUAGCAGGGGCCUAUGUUCCACAGUGUGAUGCCAAUGGAGAGUACGAGCCCCAACAGUGCCAUCCUUCGACUGGACAUUGCUGGUGUGUGGACACCAAUGGACGAGAGCAUGAAGGGACCAAAACUGCCCCGGGCGCAGAUCGCGUAGAGUGCACAACAAAAGAUGACCCUGCGCGCCGAAAAACCCACUGUGAACACCGUAGAGACAGAGCCCCGUCCAACGCAGGGGGGCCUCCCAUAGCAGGGGCCUAUGUUCCACAGUGUGAUGCCAAUGGAGAAUACGAGCCCAAGCAGUGCCACGGUUCGACUGGACAUUGCUGGUGUGUGGACGUCAAUGGACAAGAGCAGGAAGGGACCAGAACUCCCCCGGGCGCAAGUCGCGUAGAGUGCAAAAGAACAGAAGCUCCAGAACGCUGUUCGGGGAUUGAGUUUGACGCAAUUGCGCCAGAUGAGAAGGGAAAAAUACAUUUCUUCAAAGGUGGUUACGUCUGGAAGGGUUAUGAAGGCGAUGCGCAGCUAGCUACAAACAUUUUUAAAGAGCUAGACGAUAUUCACGGCAUUGGUCACGUUGAUGCUGCUUUCCGAAUGCACAACCCAGUAAACUCCAAGGACCACGAUCACAUCUAUUUUUUCCUGGAUGAUAAGGUGUUCAGCUAUUUUAAUGGAAGUCUGGAGGAGGGAUAUCCAAAAACAAUCCAAGAGGACUUCCCAGGAGUGCCCUCUCACCUCCAAGCUGCGGUGGAGUGUCCCAAAACAGAAUGCAAAGCAGACUCAGUGCUUUUCUUUAAGGGACAAGACGUUUUCAUGUUUGACAUCCCCACGAAGACAGUGAAGACCAAGUCCUGGAACCACCUGCCGACCUGCAACUCUGCCCUGCGUUGGCUGGAACAUUACUACUGUUUCCAUGGACACAACUUCACCCGGUUCCACCCAGUGACAGGCGAGGUCAGUGGGAACUACCCCAAGGACGCCCGCAACUUCUUCAUGAGAUGUGACAACUUUGGGCACGGGCGUGGUUAUACGGUGCCCAAGUGCAGUGACGUUAAGUUCGACGCCAUUACCACUGAUAAUACCGGCAAGAGUUACUUCUUUGCAGGUCCCAUGUACGUGCGCUUGGACAAUGCUCGAGAUGGUCUUCACGCCUUCCCCAUUGUGAGGUCUUGGAAGGAGGUGGCCAAUGGAGUGGACGCAGUCUUCUCUUACACUGAUAAAAUGUACAUGAUAAAGGAUGAUAAGGUGUAUAUAUAUAAAGGAGGGGCCCAUUACACUCUGAUAGACGGGUACCCCAAAACCCUCAAAGAAGAGCUGAGCAUAGAAGGACACGUGGACGCUGCGUUUGUGUGCCCCCCUGAGGACACAGUGUAUCUUAUUCAAGGUCGCAGCUUAAAGACCGUUGACCUCAGUGCCACUCCCAGGGUCGUCAUACGAGACCUGCCCCUCCCCUUGUCAAACAUUGAUGCAGCUCACUGCAGUCCAAAUGGAAUCAAACUGUACCAGCGUGGAGUGUAUUAUCAUUAUGAAAGCCCCAUGAUACUGGCUACAAGCAGAAUCGCACCAAGGCCUCUGAAGAUACCUGCACAGUUUGGCUGUGAGGAAUAACUCUGUGAAACAAGAAUGAACAACAACAAGGUUUUGUUUAUGGAUGUAAGAACAAAAGACUGUAAAAUAAACUCU